AUGGAAGCUUAUUCCAAUCAUGAGGGCUUAUAUUUUGUGUAUGGUAGUGGAGGAACUGGAAAGACAUAUUUAUGGAACACUUUAAUUGCAAAAUUUCGAUCUGAUAAAAAGAUCAUUCUUUCUAUCGCGUCAUCAGGUAUUGCGGCUUUGUUCUUACUCGGGGGACGAACUGCCCAUUCCCGUUUCAAGAUUCCACUUGAUCCUGAUAACUCAUCAUGUUAUUCAAUAAAUCAAGGGACAGGUUUGGCAAGGUUAAUUCAAGAGGCGUCGUUAAUUAUAUGGGAUGAAGCACCAAUGGUUAGUCGUCAUGCUUUUGAAGCUGUUGAUCGUACAUUUAGGGACAUAUUAAAAAAUACAGAACAUUGUUCAGAGGAUAGGGAUUUUGGCGGAAAACUAUUUGUGCUUGGUGGUGACUUUAGACAAAUAUUGCCUAUCGUACCUAGAGGUGGGCGUGAACAAACAGUGGAAGCUUCAUUACCUAAUUCAACAAUUUGGAAGCAUUGUCAAGUUUUGCAUCUUACCAAAAAUAUGCGUGUUACAGCACAAGAUAUUUCUAAUCAUAUGCUUCAUGAAUUACGUGACUUUGCAGAGUGGAUUAAAUUAGUUAGUGAAGGGAAAAUAAUGGGAAGCUCAUUUAGUGAAGGCUAUGAACCUAAGUGGAUACAGAUACCAGAAAAAAUGGUUAUAAAAAAUGGAGAAAGAGAUUUGCACCAGUUAAUCGAUGCCACUUAUCCUGAUUUCAUAAAUAAAUAUCAGGAUAUGUCGUAUUUAAAAGAACGAGGCAUUUUAGCUCCUAAGAAUAGUGUUGUUGAUGAAAUCAAUUCUAUUAUACUUUCGAUGCUUCCUGGAGAGAUGAAAACUUUUAACAGUGCUAAUAAAUUGUGUCCAACAGAAAGCAAGAAGUUGAAAGUUGGAACACCAAUAAUGCUUCUAAGAAAUGUCAACCAAUCUUUGGGAUUAUGUAAUGGCACUCGAUUAAUUGUUGAUAAGAUGAGAAAUCGAGUAAUUGAAGCUAGAGUUAUUACAGGGUCUAGAGUUGGUGAGAAAGUAUUACUUUCACAUAUUCAUUCUCCUUUUACAAUGAAUUCCAAUAAAGUUGCUAUGACAAUAAAUAAGAGUCAAGGGCAAACUUUGAAGAAUGUGGGCCUUUAUCGUCCUAAUCCAGUCUUCUCUCAUGGCCAGCUGUAUAUAGCUCUAUCACGUGUCACCUCUCUAUCAAGCUUAAAGUUGUUGGUUAUUGAUAAACAAGGCAUACCGGAUGAUGUAACCAAAAAUGUUGUUUACAUAGAAGUUUUUAGUGGCAUUGAUCAAUAA